AUUAAAUAAAUAAAAAAAUAACCAUCUUCAUCAUCAUCACCACCAAACACUUUCAAACUCAGAAAAAAAAAAAACAUUAAAUUUUGCAAAAACACAACAACAUCAUUAACAAAACCCACUUCAACAACAACAACAAAAAUUUCCCAUUUUUUAGGUUUGUUGUUUGUUAAUUUGUUAUCAUAAUCAUCAUAAUUUUCUCUCUCUUUUUUUCUGAGGGAGGUUGUUUUUUACAACAACCUCAACCUCCUCGCUUCAAACCUCGUAACUUUCGUUUUCAGUAACAAUGAAAUUAUUACAAACACCAAAAUUUUCUUCUCGAUUUGUCAAAUGCACUUCUGGAAUUUGUUUUACGAGAUUGGCUUGAUUUCUUACAACGAGGUUCUCACACCAAAACCUUAUCGUUGUUUUUUUCUUUUUCAAACCAUAACAAAAAAAGAAACAAUUUUUCAUUUUUCCCACAAUAAAUCUCAAAUGGGUUCUUCAUUUUUCAUAAUUUUGAUGCAAAAUUAGAACAUGGGUUGGUGAAAUCUUGACUUGGGCAUGUCAAUUUGAACAAAAAGUUUCAAAAUUUGUUUGAAUUUUCAUAAAAUAAAUUCAAUUUGAUUUCAAAUUUUCAAUUUUGUUGUUGUAUUGUACCAUACCAAGAUGAUGUUAUCACCUUCACCAUCUGCUAUUGCAAGAAGCUCUUUAGAAGAGAUGCUUGAUUCGCUUCGUCGGAGAGACGAAGAGGAGAAGCCUAAAGACCUACCGCCGGCAUUGCCAUCAAGGCCUAUGUCUAGAGGCCGGGUGCCGUCGGCGAGAAGGUCUUUGCCUAAAAGCUUUAAGGUUGAUGAAGAAAAUGAAAAGGAAAAAUUGGGGCAUAAAAGGAAAGGAAGUUUUGGAAGCAAGAAGUUAAUGUUGGAUGUGGAAUCUCCUUAUGUUGUUGUUACAGAAGAGCAUACUGUUGUUACUAGUGAACAACAAUCUUCACCUGGUCCUGUUUCUUCAAUUCCUGUUGAUGAUUCUUCUGUUGCUCCACUUUCUCAGGAAUUGGUAGAUGACAAUGUUUCUUAUUUCAUCAAAAAGAAACUUCAUGUUUGGUGUAAGCAACCAAAAGGGAAGUGGGGACUGGGAACAAUACAGUCAACUUCGGGAGAACAAGCAUCUGUUUCACUCUCAAAUGGAAAUGUUAUGGAAGUGGCCAGAACAGAACUCCUACCAGCUAAUCCUGAUAUUUUAGAGGGUGUGGAUGAUCUUAUACAGCUCAGCUAUUUGAAUGAGCCCUCGGUUCUUCACAAUCUUCAGUUUAGAUAUUCUCAAGAUUUGAUUUAUAGUAAAGCUGGGCCGAUUUUAAUUGCGCUCAAUCCCUUCAAAGAUGUACCGGUUUACGGAAACGAAUAUGUCACUGCUUAUAGGAAUAAAUCUCUUGAUAGUCCUCACGUUUAUGCAAUGGUAGAUGCAGCUUAUAAUGAGAUGAUAGGAGAAGAUGUAAAUCAGUCCAUUAUCAUAAGUGGCGAGAGUGGAGCUGGGAAGACAGAAACAGCAAAAAUUGCGAUGCAAUACUUAGCUGCUCUUGGUGGUGGCAGUUGUGGGAUAGAAAAUGAAGUUCUUCAGACAAAUGUUAUACUAGAAGCUUUUGGCAAUGCAAAAACAUCUCGGAAUGAUAACUCUAGUAGAUUUGGGAAGUUGAUUGAAAUUCAUUUCAGCGCAACGGGUAAAAUGUGUGGGGCUAAAAUUCAAACCUUUCUACUAGAAAAGUCAAGAGUUGUUCAACUGGCUGAUGGCGAGAGGUCUUAUCACAUAUUUUAUCAACUUUGUGCUGGAUCUUCAACUAGUCUUAAAGAGAAACUAAAUCUUAGAGCGGCCAGCGAAUAUAAAUAUCUUAAUCAAAGCGACUGCAUGACGAUUGAUGGUGUCGAUGAUGCUAAAAAGUUUCAUAAGCUGAAGAAAGCCUUGGAUGUCGUUCAAAUGAGCAAAGAAGAGCAAGAACGUGUCUUUAAGAUGCUCGCUGCGAUAUUAUGGCUGGGAAAUAUAUCUUUCGAAGUUAAAGAUAAUGAAAAUCACAUUGAAGUGGUGAACGAUGAAGCUGUAACCAGUGCUGCUUCGCUGAUGGGUUGCAGUCCUGAGGGACUAAUGACAGUAUUAUCUACUCAUAAAAUCAAAGCUGGCAAGGAUACUAUCACCAAAACAUUGACAUUGCGGCAGGCGAUUGAUGCAAGAGAUGCAUUAGCAAAAUUUAUCCAUGCAAGCUUGUUUGACUGGCUAGUAGAUCAAGUUAACAAGUCGCUUGAAGUGGGUAAACGACGUACCGGAAGAUCCAUAAGUAUCCUCGAUAUUUACGGUUUUGAGUCAUUCCAGAAAAACAGCUUUGAACAGUUAUGCAUAAACUAUGCCAAUGAGAGGCUUCAACAACAUUUCAAUCGGCAUCUGUUUAAACUGGAGCAGCAGGACUACGAAAUAGACGGCGUUGAUUGGACCAAAGUAGAUUUUGAGGACAAUCAAGAGUGUUUGGAUCUCAUUGAGAAGAAGCCUAUAGGGCUACUCUCUCUGUUGGACGAAGAAUCAAAUUUUCCGAGGGCCACUGAUCUAACACUUGCCAACAAACUCAAACAGCACCUGCAAACUAAUCCUUGCUUCAAAGGGGACUGGGGAAGAGGUUUCAGUGUUUGUCAUUAUGCAGGCGAGGUUUUGUAUGAUACAAGUGGCUUUCUAGAAAAGAACAGAGAUCCAAUGCCUUCCGAUUCCAUUCAGCUACUAUCAUCAUGUAGUUGCGAACUGCUGCAAUCGUUCUCCAAGACGCUUAACCACCAGUCUCAGAAGCAAUCAAAUUCACAGCACGCAGGGGCUUCUGAUUCGCAAAAGCAGAGUGUUGGUACAAAGUUCAAGGGUCAAUUAUUCAAGUUAAUGCAUCAGUUGGAGAGCACGACGCCUCACUUUAUUCGUUGUAUAAAGCCAAACGCAAAGCAACAUCCUGGAAUGUAUGAUGAAGAUCUUGUUCUCCAGCAACUCAAGUGUUGUGGAGUUUUGGAGGUUGUUAGAAUUUCAAGGGCCGGAUAUCCUACUCGAAUGACACAUCAAGAGUUUGCCAGAAGGUAUGGGUUUCUGCUCUAUGAAGCCUACACAUCUCAAGAUCCAUUGAGUGUCUCGGUUGCUGUUUUGCAACAGUUUAAUAUCCUUCCUGAAAUGUACCAAGUUGGCUUCACCAAACUGUAUCUUCGAACAGGGCAGGUUGGUGCACUCGAAGAUAAGAGAAAACUGGUUUUGCAGGGAAUACUUGGGGUUCAAAAAUGCGUUCGCAGUCAUCAAGCUCGCAGUCAUUUCAAUAAACUUAAGAAUGGAGUGACCAUUUUACAAUCAUUUGUUCGUGGGGAAAUUGCAAGAAGGAAAUAUGGUGUUAUGGUGAAGUCUUCUAUAACUAUUUCUUCUGAAAAUAUCGAGGAGAUACAGGCUAUCAUAACACUACAAUCUGUAAUUCGUGGAUGGUUGGUUCGAAAGCAUCAUAGUAGCUUGAAUAAGUUGAAGAAACAUCCUGAGAAUGGAAAAUCUAGGCGAAGGUCACGUUCGAAGAUGUCAUUCGACAAGGAUGCGAAAGAUCGGGUCCAAAAUCUGCCUUCGGCUUUAGCAGAACUCCAAAGGCGGGUUAUCAAGGCCGAAGCAACUAUAGAGCAAAAAGAAGAGGAAAAUGCUGAGUUGAGGGAACAGCUAAAACAGUUUGAGAAAAGGUGGAUUGAAUACGAGAAAAAGAUGAAAACAAUGGAGGAAAUGUGGCAAAGACAAAUGUCAUCUCUGCAAAUGAGUCUUGCUGCUGCUAAAACCAGCCUUGCUUCUGAGAAUGCCAAUGGUCAACCUUCAAGACAUGAUGUAUCAUUACCAUCGAAUUUCUGUUAUGAUUCCGAGGACACUAUUUCGAUGGGAGCUCGAACACCUCGAACACCCGGGAGCAGCACACCUUUGAAGUAUUCUACUAGUCUAUCUGAAGUCAGAGCAGCGAGAGACGGUAACGGUACAAUUAACAAUCUGAUGAAAGAGUUCGAGCAGCGCAGACAGACAUUCGAAGAGGAUGCAAGAGCUUUGGUUGAAGUUAGACCAACAGCGCAAUCUGCAAAUCCGAAUAACAUUGAUGACCUGAGAAAACUCAAACACAAGUUUGAAGGGUGGAAGAAAGAAUACAAGACGCGGUUAAGGGAGACGAAAGCAAGAAUUAAGUUAGGGAAUUCAGAAAUGGAGAGAAACCGGCGAAAAUGGUGGGGGAAAUUGAGUUCUAGAAUACAAUAACAUUACAAAAUGUUUUCUUUGCCAAAACAAGUGUAUAAAAGGUGAAGGAUCAAACACAAAAUUUGAAAAUGAUUGUUGUGUCAUGAAAGUGUUUUUUCCUUUUGAGGGAACAUUUUUUGGCAUGUGUUGCACUAUUGUACUAGUUGGUGAAGGGAAAAUGAAUUGUAAAUCUACCAAUUUUUGUUACAUGGUGGAAGUUGUUUGUAUAGUUUUAGUAUUUUAGGUUUUCAUAGUUGUAUUGAGUAGUAUAGUUUUACUAUAUGUACAUUUUGUUGUUAUAUAUAAAAAAAAAUAGUAGGUGAUGAUUUAAUUUGAGACAAA